CUUUUGACAAGGUUCCAACCGCUUGCGCGAAACCAGACAGUUUCCUUGAUAUACGACUGACGACCGCUGUUGUGAACAAAUGGCUUCACAGUCAAUGGCGGAGGGUCUUGUUGGACGAGACGAUGGACCCGCUGACGGGAAUGUAUACGACCCCUAUAGCCGAUGAUCCCUUCAGUCAGCUUCGUGACUUUCCACAGCCCAACGCUCUACGAAUCCCGCCGCUCCGGGAUCCUCUCCCUUCCCGCUCUCUCAAAGUCCCCUCUCCACUCGAGCCGAAUGCAGGAGGGACGCGAGAAACUGCCAGCAUUUCGAAAACUUCUCUUAUUGGAGGAAAUCCGCCUGCUAAGCUUCCGACACUUGAGGAUUUUUUGCAUGCAGCCAGGACUAAUUCAGCCUUUGAUACAACUUUCGGGAAAGCAUCAAGCUCUGACCCUCCUCCAAAGACGAUUCUUCCGACGUUCAUUAAUCUCCGUGCUAUCGAGAAGUUACCCUAUGCGUCUUUCGAUGAAGAUAUUCCACGAAAACAUCGCCGAAUUGAUCUGAACGGCGAUGUUUUUGGAGAACAUCUUCAGCUUCCUAUUCCCAAAAACCAGAAGGAAAUACCAAAGCGUCCUCCUUUUGGGCCUUUGACAAUAUUGAAUGGCUUAAAUGAGCCUCCACCAAAUGCUGCCUUAUUCCCUCCCAUAGAGCCUAAUGCUACUCCCACGAUCCUUACACGACCAACACGAGAUACCUCAGACCCGCCAGGUAUCCCACCUGGAGGCGCGACUAAGGAAGGAAGAGGCAGACGAAUUAAUGAUAUUAUUGAACUUGGUAUUGAGGAAAGUGUUGAAGAUAUCGAGGAAUCCUUCGGUGAGGAUGGAAGCCAUCUUACUCUCCCAGACCAUGUUUCGAAGGAAAGUAUAGAGGAGGUCGACAAAGAGUAUCUGUCUCCCCAACCCCAAACCCGACCAAGGAAAAAGUUACGAAAAUGGACAGAAGAAGAGACAAGGGAUUUAUUGCGAGGGGUGGUGAAAUGUGGGGUUGGGAAUUGGACAGCUAUACUUGCCCAACCUGAACUCCAUUUUAACCAAAGAACAGCGGCAAAUCUGAAGGAUAGGUUCCGCGUCUGCUGUCCAUGGGCCUAUGGUUCAGAACAGAACACUAUCAAAGAAGUUAAAACUGGCCUUGCAGAUGCCUCAAAUGGCCCGGAUGCCAGCUCAUCAGCUAAAAUCCUACUUCCUGGUCCGGGGAUUAGCAGGAAUAAGCAGGAACUAGCAGCCUCUACGGCAAAUAUCCUGAAGCCCACUGAUCAGAAUUCCAGUGUCGGUCAAUCACCUCCGAAAUCCCCACCGGCCAUUCCAUCAGUGGAUGGGCCGUCGAAUUUAACUUCAGACCCUAAGUUGAGAAGGAAGAAGUCCAGGGUUUCAGCAUCUAAAACUAACCCAUCAUUAUCCAGUAAAUCUAAGUCGACUCUCAUCUCUCUAGGCCUGGAAGAACCUUGCUUGAGUAUUAAAUCUAACAGACGAUCUCGCCGCCCAUUCACACCCGCAGAGGAUGAUGCUCUCCUCAAAGGCCAUGCAGUUCACGGAUUCCAAUGGACUUUAAUUCGGCAGGAUAAGCGUCUGAACCUAAUGCAUAGGAAAGCAACAGAUCUUAGAGACCGUUUCCGAACUAAAUUUCCCAACGUAUACCGCGAAGGUGGCUCCAUAAAUACCAAAAACGCCAACGUUGUUGAACAAAGCUUUAUUGGUAGCAAUGACAGCUCUGUUACCGAACCUCCUACCGCCCACGAUCGAGAUACAUCAACAAUAUCGAUGUUAUUGUCAGGAAAUAUCUUGAAAACAACAUCGAACAGAGCCCAAUCCGACGUAGCAGACGCUGGACCAGGCAAGCGAUGUUCCUAUCAAACCCCGUCCAACGAUACUGGUCCCAUGAAUGCCACAGAUCCAAUCAUGCUUCCGCCGCCCCCGCCUGCUCUGCCAGACUUACCAAGUGUUACCAAUAGUUCACUAUUCUCGCUGCAAAUGGAUGAUGUAGGAUCGGGUAGCGUGGACGACAGUAGCUGGGGUGAUAAUACCCUCCCUCCACUCGUUUGGGAUGAGCUCACUUGAGGUAAUUUGCAUAUACCCCUGUAUCUGUUGCUGUUUCGGUGCAUUACUUUCUGGCCUUAUCUUCCGGCCUUAUCUGCUUAGAGUUCAUCAUGACUAUUUUAAUAGUGAAUUAAAUUAAUAAUAGACUUUUUGUUAUGGAUUUCCCGU